GGGCUCGGGGAGAGGGGCGGGCUGGGCUGGGCUCCGCGGAAUCCGUGACUUCCGUCUGGCCUCCCCGGUGAUCCCAUCCAGGUGAAGAACAUGGAGUUUCUCUCUGAGAAUGAUGGGACCACUAGGACUCUGCUUCAUCGGGUGCUGGAGUUGCAUCCUUUAAGCUCCCCAGUCUCAUCUAAUACUAGGCUAAGCAAGAGAAGUCUUUCCUCAUCUGUGAAACGUCCACGCCGCAACUUACGUGACACUCUGACUGGCUCAGACCUGAGUAAGCAAACAAAGACUGCAUCUGCCCAGCCAAAGGAUGCUGGAGCUAAUGGUCAGCUCUAUGACUUCUUGGAAGAAGGAACACCCAGGAUUCUUCUGAAGAAAAUCCUGCAGACUGCUUCAGAAGCCUCUGUCCUGAUGCCAGCGCUGGUGAAUUCACAGGAGCCAGAACCUGUACAGUCACAGGAGGAAAGCAAGUGGAACAGUCUGGACUUGCAGGAUCCCGAGCCAGAGCACUCUGUGACUGUGGCUCCACGGUUGCUGGUCCAUAGCAGGAAGAAGCGCUGCCUUCGAGUAUCUGAGUUUGAGCAGGAAGUGGACCAAGGACUUGCCCUUGCUUCUUCAGAUCUCACUGGAGAGCAGCCAGCUUCAGCCAACAAGUCCUCUGUGACCAGGUCCUUCAACCUGACCUUGGCCACAGUUGUGCCCCCUGAGUCUGUAGAGAAGCCUGGCUUGGCCCGAAGGCCCCGGACCCGUAAGACAGUUGACGUGAAAGCAUUUGAACAAGGACUAAAGGACAUCCCACCUACUCAUCGCCUCCCAUAUCAUCACACUGAUCACAGUGCCACUCCUGUGGAUGUGGACGGGCCCUUCCAGGCGAGUCCUGACUCCAUGGGCUUCAGGAGAAGCUUAUCAAAGGAGCAGGAGCAGAGGGCUGUGACCCUGAAGGCUAACCAAAGAACAGAGAAGGGUCCUGGGAGGCCAACCAAGUCUUACACAAAACGUCCAAGUCAAAACACUCCCCUCUCCACCAGCUCCACGUCUACAGGAAAACGAAGCCGAACUUGGGCAGGAACACCAGGUCACAACAGCCGCCUCUCUGCUCCCUCUGGGCCUGCUGGGAGCAGCAUUUUCAGGGAGGCCAGAGAUGAGGCGGCUGUGGCUCGUCAAGGAGAAGAGGAGGAAGAAGAGAGUGGCAUGGAUGAUGAAGCAAAAGAACCAGAAGAGGACACAGAAAUCCUUCAAAGGACUGCCUCAGAGAGUAGCAUGGAGACACCAGAAUUUCUUCGGGCCAAGCGAAACGAGAGACGUUCAAGGCCUACCUCCCCAGCACCUCCUAUUACUAACACUACACUGUUGCCCGCCAAGCCCACCCAAGCCAAACAUGCCCCCAAGCGCCGCGCCCCACGCCCUAGGCAACCCUGUGAUCCAGACAAAGCCAGCCUGAAAAAUUACUGCAACGUCUUCAGCUACUAUGCCAAAAUUCCUAUGGAGAAGUCAGCCUCUGAGACCCUGGUGAAGUGCCUGGACCAGUAUUUCAGGACACUUUGUGAUGACCUGGAGACCUUUGCUCACCAUGCAGGCCGAAAAACUGUGCUGCUGGACGACUUGGAGCUGUUGAUGAGGCGGCAGGGCCUAGUGACUGAUGAUGUUUCCCUCUAUGUGCUUGUGGAGAGAUACCUGCCCUUGGAGUACCGGAGGCUGCUCAUUCCUUGUGCAGCGAGUGGCAAUUCCGUCUUCCCUGAUGGGUAGGGAUGGUGGCAUCCCAGCUUCUCUAAGUCUGGGGACAAACCCAGUAAAGAAGUGGGCUGGAGCCUGAGGCUCCUUGGAGGCCUCCAGGUAAGGCCUUUCCAGGAGUAGACUCUUCAUGUGCUACCGUCAGUGUCAAUAAAAUGUGAUAAAGCCACUUUAAAGAAGAUCCUGAUGUGGCCAAGCCAGGGACCAAAAGCAAAAGUCAACCUUUCCCCUCCACCCCAGAUGGAAAUCUCAUUCCCUUUCAGUCUGUGCAGAUGCAUGUAGUUGUCAGGGAGGAUGAGUAAGCGGCACAAUUGUAGAACCUUAGAACUCGGAGCUUAGUGAUCAGCCAGUCCGGCAUCUCUGCUGGCCUCCUGCCCAU